AUGACAGCUGCCAAGGAAGAUGAUCGUGAUUUCAUUCGAGCAAUCAUCAAUCACCCUGAGCCAAUGUGUUUGUUGGCAACUGAUUUUCAGUUGUAUAGUCUUUCGCAGUCUUGUGUAGAUGCAGUGGAUUUUCGACCAGUGUCAAUUGAUCCCACAUUCAACAAUGGUCCUUUUAAUGUAACACCAGUCUCGUUCCGAAACGUUGUGCUUGAAAGUAGCCGAACUGGGCAAUGUCCUGUUUUUCUGGGGCCACUUCAUAUUCACCAGAGUAUGACAUUCUAUGCCUACUACUACCUAACAUCGCAGUUAGUCGCACUACAGCCAAGGUUGCAGUCUAUGCAGGCUUUUGGAACUGACAGUGAAGAUGAACUUGUUAAAGCUUGCAAAUCAGUGUUUAAAGAAGGCAUUUCAUUGCGAUGUUUUCGCCACUUCAAACAAAAUGUCGAAACAGCUAUGAAGAACUGUGGUAUGCAAGAACAUAUAAAUACAAUCACCGGUCAGAUUUUUGGUAGUGAGGAGACUCGUGGCCUUCUAGAAGCAGAAUCUGAAGACGAGUUUGACCAGGCAUUGCAAGAUCACAUCAAGAUCUGGAGAGAACUGCCAGGGGGAGAGAAGUUUUGCAAGUACUUCAGUGACCGAUCAACGAUGAUGAAGUCAUGCAUGACUGCCGAUAUUCGGGCCAAAGCAGGUUUGGGAAAUCCUCCAAAGAAGUUCUACACCAAUGACAGUGAGACCAACAAUGAAAGAAUAAAGCAUAGGAUGGAUCAUAGAGAGGCGGGGCUCUGUUCCUUUGUUGCUGGCAUGAAACAGUUGGCUUACAGUCAAGAAACAGAGUUUGCGAAGGCGCUGUGUGGAAUGUCGACUGAGUACAAGGUCCGAGAUGCGUUUUCUUCUUUUGUUGUACCUGCAUCAAAGUGGUAUGACAUGAGAGAAGACCAGAGGCGAUCAUAUGUCAUUAGAGUUUACAAGCUUGCAAUAAGUGAAAUGUAUGCUGCAAAUCCACAACAUUGCGUGCUCUCAAGCCGUAGUGAUGUCCAACUCCCCACUCUUGGCACUUCACCGGAACGCAGUGGCCUUGCAAGUAUCAUUCCUCUGCCGGUUUUAAAGGGAAUUUGGAGAAAGGCGGAACUUCUUUUAAGUGUAUUUGAGAACAAUGUGUCCUCUGCGCCAUCACGAGUCCCAAACACGAAAAUGUUCUGCGUUCAAAGCCAGACGGACAAGAGUUCUGUACCUUAUUUCGUUCAGGUGCACUGUUGUAUCACGUGCCACACUUCAUGUAGCCACGUUAAGGUCACCUGUACCUGCAAAAUGUACAAGCCUAACAGCAUCUGCUCUCAUGCGGUAGUCGUUGCAGAG